UUGAACUGAAAAAUCAUGACUGUCCCACAUGUUUUCUCGAUUUCGGCUCAGACACAUCACGACACAUCACAGACUUUUCCCUCGUCUCGGCUGCUCCUCCCUUGUCUUGUUCUUCUGUGUCGAUCAUCUUCUUUUUGCCCCUCGUGUUGAUUUUCUGUGUUGCGUCUCUGUCCUUGUGUUGUUGUUUCCUUCUCUGGCUUUUCUCUGUCUUUGCGCUCUUCUCUUCUGUCCUCCUCACUCGUUUCUCUCUUCCUGUUCCUCGCGAUGCCCCUCAUGUCGAGCACCGUCUACUCACCUGUGCCAACGAAUUGCCCUCAAGAACGCAGCAACUCCAAGGAUUCAGAGGGAAGCAAGAUGGGUGACCCCUACCCACCGCGCAGGACCAUGUUGGUGGCGAGUGAUGAGAGGCAAUACAGCACGUCCAGCUGGUUGUCCAAGGUUGAAGGUUUCCCUUGUGGCGCCAGCAUCAAGGAGACCUAUCACGGCAUUUGCAUCGUGAUUUCGAUCUUCUCAGAUAUGCCUUCGCGCCAUAUGAUGCACUUCUUGUUUGUCUUUAUCUCCUACAUGUUGGUGGUUCUUACUGGAGCGGUUCAAAUGCAACUGGUGGACACCUCCUUCUUCCGCGCGGUCGGUUUGCUGCUGGCUGUGCUGCUAUCCUUGCGCGCCAAGAAUGCUGUCUCACGACGGCAGAAGCUGAUGGCAGGAGUCUUGGACAUGAUGAACUGUGCCAAGAACCUGCUGUACUUGGUCCAUUUUAAUCCCAAUAGUCGCGCCAAACUCCGCGGCGUGCUGGAGUUCGCAUUCCUCGAGGCUGCUGCAUGGGCAUUGCCAGUGAUGGAACAAGGAGAAGACGUGGCAGAUUUGAACGACCUGCCUGAAGAGUACCGCGAGGUGGCCUUUGUGCUUCGUGCCAAGUACGCUGCGCACAUCUCCCCGCGGCCGCUCUUCAUGUGGCUCCGUGAGCUUUGCGACGAGCUGUUUGAUCCCGCACUGGCCACGAAAAGUGCUGGGCCAGAAAAGAUGGACCAGAUCUCGAUCAUCCGCAGGUUCCACCGAAAUGCGGAGGAGGAGCUUCACACACUGUUUGCGAAGUUCGAUUUCCUGCUGAUGUUCCGAGAGAACUUUGUGACGGACCAGUUCCGUUGGAUGCUGGAGACCGUGAUUUUCAUCUAUGUGGUGCUCUAUCCCUGGUGUGUUUGUACCGAGUCCAACCUGGUGCUGGGCGCCACCACGGUGGGCAUGGCCUGUGUCUUCUACGGCCUGAAUUCCCUCACAGAACAGUUGGAGGAUCCGGUGCAUCAUCCUCAAGGAGUUGACCUCAAGAAAACGUUCAAGCGUCUUUUCGAGGAGCUUGAUCGUGACGAUAAGAUGAGAGAAUAUUCCCGCGCCUGGCUCAAUGAUGCCAAGAAAACGGGCGCCAGAGCCACAGAGGACCUUCACGGCAAAUUCGAGGAGAAUUUUCAAGUUCCAAAAAGAGGACAAGUCUACGCUGACAUGGUGUAAAAAAGCAACAGUUCUGGUUGGUGGUUUCAAACUUUGUUUGAUUUUCCCUUUGAGGAUGAUCCCUUUGGAAGAAAAGUCAUAGUUUUUCGCUCUUCAAACCACCAAGUAGACUUAGCAGGCACGCUGAUAUGGUGAACAACACCAUUUAGCAGGCAUACUGAUAUGGUGUAAAAGCACCAUACUGAUAUGGAACAACUACAAGACCAAUUGUCGCAGUGAGGUAUGAGAUCGGAUCGGAUAGUGGGGUCUUCCCGAAAUCGAAUUGGCCUUGUCAGUUUUCGUCACUUUACUUCAACUUU